AUGGUCGGGCGUGAUGCGACGGACGAGAUCACAGCAUUGCACUCGGAGGAAGCACAGGUACUUAUGCAGAAGUAUGUGAUAGGAAAAGUACACGGGAGAUGGGAAAACUUCCUGCCUCCGAUACAGGGAGGAACAUUCAGGACGCUGGCAUCAGAGGACGCCAUCGACGAUGAAGCACUAUCCACCGAAGAAGAUGUCAGCUCAUCUGGAAAGUCGACACCACCAUCGACAGUCUUCGAUACCGAUACCGAAGAUCUGGGAAACGAAGUUCGCUUGAGACGUAUAGGCAAUGAGACACCUAUUUCUCGAGCUUCGUCCUUAUUUUCAUCGGAGCCAGAGCUGGGCCCAUUCGAAUCUAAAGCAUCGACAGCCCAUGCGGUAUCAUCUGAUCUCUCAAAAUAUCCUAGUCUUGAUAAAAGAUCGCAAGACGAGGUCGCCUCAAAGUACCGCGAGCUCGAUAAAAAACUGCAGUCCGAAGGACUCUACCAGUGCCACUAUAGUUCCUACGCAGUCGAAUUCAUCCGAUACUCUGUUCUUUUCGUACUAUUCAGAACUACUCUUCACCACUCCUAUUAUUUUCUUUCGAGUAUUUUCCUCGGGUUGCUCUGGCACCUACUUGCAUUUACCGUUCACGAUGCCGGCCAUAUAAGCAUAACACAUGUUUUCCACAUAGACAGCUGCAUCGGGAUUUUCGUUGCAGACUUCCUUGGAGGACUUUCAGUCGGUUGGUGGAAGCGGAAUCACAACGUGCAUCAUAUAGCAACCAACUCGCCCGAGCACGAUCCUGACAUCCAGCACAUACCUUUUUUUGCCAUAUCUCCUCGGUUCUUUAGUUCUCUACACUCAACCUACUACGGCCACGAUAUGCAUUUUGACGCUGCUGCACGGAUUCUUGUCAAGUACCAGCAUUACCUCUACUAUCCCUUACUCUUAAUGGGACGUUUUAAUUUGUACCGUCUGUCAUGGUUAUACCUACUGGAUCCAGCGCAAUCGCCCCGCAAAGGCAGAGCAUGGUGGCAUCGCUACCUUGAAAUGGCUGGUCAAGUGUUUUUCUGGUACUGGUUCGGCUACCGCACGCUGUAUCUCUCAAUCCCGACGUGGUUGUCUCGUAUCGCGUUUCUGCUCGUUUCGCACAUGGUUACUGCCCCGUUGCAUGUACAACUCACGCUUAGUCACUUUGCCAUGUCAAGUGCCGACCUAGGCGUCCACGAGUCGUUUGCUCAGAAGAUGGUGCGGACGACGAUGGACGUUGAUUCCCCACCCUGGCUAGACUUUAUACACGGCGGUCUCCAGUUCCAAGUCGUGCACCACUUGUUCCCUCGUCUCCCAAGGCAUAAUUUGCGACGAGCACAAAAGUACGUGAAGGAGUUUUGUGACGAAGUGGGAAUUCCAUACGUAAUAUUUGGUUUUGCGCGGGGGAAUAAGGAGGUUCUUAGCAGACUGGGCGAGGUGGCUGGGCAAUUGAAGGUCUUAGAGGAAUGCCGGAAAGUCGCUGCAAGAGAUCUAAUUGAGGGUCGUCACGGUCAUUGA